GGAUCCCACUUUCCCCCUUCUCGGCUCAUUUUCUUGUUCUCUCAUUUCUCUCUCUCUCUCUCUUCGUUGAUCUGCUACGAGUCGUUUUGAAUGAUCACCGAGCUCGGCGCUCUCUCUUCUCCCCGGUCUUCAAUGUCGUCCCAGUCAUCGAAUUGAACUCUCCCAGCCUUAGAUUUGGAGUCCAGAGGGGGGAAGACGGAAGGGGAUUUCUGAUUCUCUCUCUCUCUCUCACACUCCGAGUCUUCGUUUGGGUCAUUGCGCUAGGGUUUUCAGGAGGAAAUGAAGUCGUCUUUUGACAAGCUUCGGAGAUUCGAACUGUACAAGAGCGGUUCUAAAGAUAAGAGGAACUUUCAACCCUCGGCUCACGUCGAUGAGCUCGCUCAGGCUUCUCAGGACAUGCAAGAUAUGAGAAAUUGCUAUGAUAGCUUACUUUCUGCAGCUGCUGCUACAGCCAACAGCGCCUAUGAAUUCUCCGAAUCACUGCGGGAAAUGGGUUCUUGUCUGCAGGAGAAAACUGCAUUACAUCAUGAUGAACGAGGCGGUAGAGUUUUUCUGAUGUUGGGGAAAGUGCAGUUUGAACUUCAAAAACUUGUUGAUUCCUAUCGAUCUCAUAUAGUUUCGACAGUCACAAACCCAUCAGAGUCUCUUCUCAAUGAACUUCGAACAGUUGAGGAAAUGAAGCGACAAUGUGAUGAAAAACGAGAGGUAUAUGAAUACAUGGUAGCACAACAGAAAGAAAAAGGGAGAUCAAAACGUGGGAAGGGCGAAAGCUUUACUUUGCAGCAACUGCAAGUAGCUCGUGAGGAAUAUGAUGAGGAAGCUACACUGUGUGUUUUCCGGUUGAAGUCCCUGAAGCAAGGGCAAGCCCGAAGUCUUCUAACACAAGCAGCUCGCCACCAUGCUGCUCAGUUGAACUUCUUCCGGAAAGGACUUAAGUCACUUGAGGCUGUCGAGCCACAUGUUAGGUUGGUUACAGAGGAGCAACAUAUUGAAUACCAAUUUAGUGGACUUGAAGACGAUGGUGAGGAUGAUGGUGCAGAUCAUGGUGAGAAUAGCAACGAUUCUAUUGAAGAUGGAGAAUUGAGUUUUGACUAUAGACCAAGUAAGCAGGGAAUGGAAGUCUCUGCAUCAAGGAAUUCAAUGGAGGUUGAUGAAGUGGGCCAUUUGUCUCCUCAAGCUUCAACACUGGAAUAUCCAGAUAUAAAUCUUGAUCAAGGUGAACUCAAGUUUCCGAGUAGAGAACCAAGAAUAAGCGGCAGCUACUCAGCCCCAAUAGUUUCUGCAGAUCCGAAGUUUGAUCCCGCUGAGAGAGCUAGACAAUUGCAACUGUCAGCUACACGGAGGCCUAACGCAUAUGUGCUGCCUACACCUGAUUCAAAGGGUUUAGUUUCUUCAAGGACAAGUAGUACGGUUCCAGGAGUGAGGUCAGGUGGACGCAUCCAUAACUUAUCGUACUCUUCCCCAUUAGACGCGAAGCAUGAUAAGUAUUCUGGUGAUGAUACUGUGUCAGGAGCUAAUUUCUCAAAAGCACAGUCUGUAGUCAAAGAGAGCCAUAGUACUAAUACAUCAAUGCAACUGCCUCCUCCUCCUCUGGCAGACGGACUGGCACAACAUCAGCAUAAAAGACAAGCUUUCUCUGGCCCACUAACUAGUAAGCCAUCGUCAACUAAGCCUGCGUCCUCUGCUAGUGGUCCCAUUGUAUCUAGUGAACCACCUCAACUAGUUUCUGGUAUGCUUCCUCGUUUACCAAAUCCUCAGCCUUCUUCGUCUCCAAAAGUAUCCCCAAGUGCUUCACCGCCCCUUGCUUCUUCACCCAAGAUAAGUGAGCUUCACGAGCUUCCUAGACCCCCAGGUAGUUCAGUUGUCAAGCCAACAAAAUCUUCUGGAUUGGUUGGCCACUCUGCUCCACUGAUCUCCAGAAAUCAAGAACCUCACAUUCAGAAUAAAAUCCCUUCAGCGCCAACAAAUUUGGCAUCUCCACUUCCAAUUCCACCAUUGAUUAUUCCUAGAAGUUUCUCCAUACCUUCGAGUAACCAAAGAGCAGUGACAUUGCAUGUACCUCGGCAUUUGGAGUCUCCUCUAGGUUCAAGCAAUCCGGAAGAAGUUGCUUCACCUCCAUUGACACCAAUUACCCUAACAAACAUGUAACCAAUAUCAACCGAGUCUGAAGUGGCCUUCUCACUCAAGUGCUAUCAGAGUUAGGUUUAGGACUAAAUGGCAAAAGCCUAAGAUGGGGCAAGUGGAAUCUUCUUGCUCAUAUAUAUCUACCUAAACUGAAGUUUUGGAUUUUGUGUUCAUAUUAAUCGCCAUGGAGGUUAUAUUCGUUCGCUUUUGCAUCAUCUUCUUCACCAUGAGAGCCAAAUUAUAGUUCCUUUUAUUUUCUUCUCCGAGCCAGACCAGAUUUUGAAGACCUCAACGGUGGAUGCAGUUGGGAGCUGAUAUUAAUAGUGAAGCAGUGUGAUUUCCGUUUCCCCCCUGAGAUUGUGCUGGGUUGCAUUGUCUUAGGUAAAGAUGGGUCUGUAGAUAUAUUUGAUGUAAUGGAAAUUUUUUGUUUUUUUGGCCAUCGUUGUUUAAAUGUAUUGUUUAGUUUCAUCCUUUCUUCACCCUUGAUUGUUGAUUGUGAUGAGGUCCAGACUCCAACGACAAGUUACAAUGUAUCAUAUACAUAUCUUCAAACGAGGAAUUUUGUUAAUUUCCAAUGACAAGAACACAUACUAGUU